AUGUCGAUGGAGAAAAACCAUGCCUGUCUCCUUUACGGAGCUGGAGAUGCUCGAUUUGAGGAGAUUCCCGUACCUUCCAUCGAAGACAAUCCUCGAGAUGUUCUGAUUCGCAUCGCAUAUACCGGUGUGUGUGGCAGUGAUGUUCAUUUCUGGACACACGGAGGAAUCAACGAGAUGGUGCGACCCGGAUGCCCAGUGACACUGGGCCAUGAAGCCUCUGGUGUGGUUGAAGUUGUUGGAUCUGCCGUAACAAAGGUUAAAGUCGGCGAUCGUGUCGCCAUCGAGCCUGGGUUUCCCUGCCGACACUGCUCAUUUUGCCUGGCAGGGAAGUAUAACCUGUGCCCAGAUAUGACUUUCGCGGCAAGUCCCGGACCUGGAGCCGUUGUGCAUGGUACGCUGGCGACAUUCUUUCGCCUUCCAGGUGAUCUUUGCUAUAAGCUUCCGGACGACAUGGGCCUCGACGAAGGCGUGAUCUUCGAACCACUUGCUGUUGCGGUGCACGGUCUUCGGCUCGCAAAGCUGAAGCCAGGACAAGAUGCCUUGGUUCUCGGAUCAGGUCCAGUAGGACUGCUGUCUUGUGCAGUGGCGCGAGAAUUUGGAGCUGGUCGGAUAUUCGUGGUCGAUAUCAAUAAGGAACGACUUUUGUUUGCCCAAAAGGAGCUAGGAGUCUCCACGUACAAGUUUGACGUGACCAAGUCGGUAGAAGAAAAUGCCGCUGCCUUGGCCGCUGAGAAGCACCUUCAAGAGGGAGCUGAUGUUAUUGUCGAGGCGACGGGGGUGGAAUCUUGCGUGCAAAUGGGUGUUGAGGCGAUCAAGAGAGGUGGUUCAUAUGUCCAAGUGGGACUGGGAAAGAAGAUGGUCGAUUUUCCGUUGGUCGUCAUGAGCGAGAAAGAGAUCACUGUAAAGGGGUGUUUCCGCUAUGGCCCUGGUGAUUUUGAGCUCGCCUCGAACCUUGUCAGUCGAGGCAGAAUCCCCUUGAAAAGUUUCAUUAGCAAGAUAUUCCCAUUUCAUCGGGCACCUGAUGCUUGGGAGGCAGCCCGCAAGGGUGAAGGAGUUAAGAUUCUCAUCCAGGUUGAUGGCAGUCAAACUUGA